CUCUGGUAACUAGACCCAUUUUUUGAUUCCCGGGUGACUUGGGGCCUGGGAGGGAGAAGAGGGCGAGGGGAGUGGCAGCGGCCUCCCCUCGCCCGACUUUCGGCCUAGCCCGGGAAGUCUGAACCGGGCCCAUCAGCACGGCAGCUACCCGGACUCACGCCGGCGGCCCUGGCCUGCUGGGCUCCUAGGCAGACUUCAGCUCACUUUCCCACCCUCCCUGCCCCCACCCGCUCCGCCCCACCCCCACGGCGCCUGCUCCCUUACUUACCAACCUCUUCCCCCUCCCCCCACAUCCGGUGUUCCCGAACCGGGAUUCCCGGGUAGCCCCGGAAAAGCGACUGUUUCGGACCCCCGGAGGGGGAACUGACACUAGGUUGCUCUCUUCCCCGGAAUCAGUUUCUUUAGUUAGCUGGCCCUCCCUCCCGAGAUCAGAUCAAGUGCCUGGACCCGACUUUACCUCCUGGCCUUCCUCUCUAGGGUCCCACUACUUUGGAGGUUUUCUAAUAUUCCACAUACAGAGUCGAAUUCUGGUAUCCUAUUCCCAUUCCCUACCCUGAUUACUCUCCCGCCCAAGCCUUCAUCCACGAAGUCAAGAGCUACAGGGACUCUUCGUUCUUGUAGGAUUGGUGAGAUCGUACGAAGAACACCCCUUAGACGCCCAUAAUCGGUGCGGAUCCCCAUGGGGAAGGCUCGUUUUGUUGACAUCUACCAGGUUUUGGUUCUGAACCCAGAGAAGGCGGCUGUGCAGCUAGUGGUAGCCAUGCUUUCGUAGGGUAAACGUGUUGGUAUUGAGGGGAGGGGAGGGGGCCCACGGAAAAGGAAUGGAAGUGGUUUAAAGCUUAUUUUAGUUUGGCUGCUCAUAGAAUGUCAAUUUAUGAGUUAUUUACAGGUUGUAUGUAAUGUUGCUUCAGUCUAAAAAUAUGAACUCUUGAUAGAAACCGUAAAUGAAGAAUGUAGCUUGUUACCUUGUUUUGAAAUUUUAUUUUCAGUUAAUUUUUCUUCAGCCAUCUACAUUUUUCAAAAUAUCAGAACAGAAAGGGCACAGCUAGCGUUUACUGUUAUUGCCUAGUAUGUGGAAUCUGAUUUAGCUGGCCAGAAUUGACUUUUUAGGUUGUAUUGGCAAGUCAGUCUUAAAUGAUGACUGUUGAGUGGUGCACUAAGUUUAAGUGAAAUUUCCUGAAAAUAUUCCCGAAGUUAAGGGAAAGCCAGUGUUGUUGUGUGGAUUCACUAAAAGUACAUAUUUUAAGAACUGAAGGCAUUUCCAGCAGAUGAAGUUCUUGAUUCGGCAGCAAGAACGUGAACCUGCGAUUUGGAAGACGUAACCUUUAGCUGCUCCAGAUCCCAUGACGGUGGGAAAAUGGGCCUCGGUUCUCUUUUCUAUAACAUAAGGACACUGGACGAUUUGAAUUCGGAAGUUAUGAGAACUCCUAAAGCCCUGCAAGACAGAGUUUGGGAAUGUUCUCCAUUGCUGUCAUUUUUCCUCCAAAAAUAACCUGGCUUGGAAGUCAUCAGUUGAAAGGGAAUUUGACUCCCCAUAGAAACUGGAGGAAAGGUAAUACAAGUGGAGAGGGUCAGCUGUAUUUCUGCCAGAGUAAUAAACCCACCGAGAGGUUCUGGUCCGCAUUGUGGAGACAUAAAGAGAAUGAGUGUAUGUACUCUAAGUGUACCAGUUUCCUCAAUCUCUCCUGGCAGAAGAUGCCGUACUUUUGGUGAUGCUGGGAUUCUGGGGUGCGUUUCCAUUAAUUCAAAUACAGACGAAGACGAUGUGGUAGAGGGAAAGAUGGUGGCAGAAGGAGCGAAUAAAGAGACGAAAUUGCCUGCUAAAAAGAAAAGAAAGAAGGGUUUGCGAAUUAAGGGGAAAAGACGCCGAAAAAAAUUGAUUCUUGCCAAAAAGUUUAGUAAGGAUUUGGGGUCUGGGAGACCUGUUGCUGAUGCCCCUGCUUCGUUAGCUUCCAGUGCCCCUGAGCACGAUGAAGAAAGUCUUUUUGAGGGCAAUAUAGAAAAGCAAAUCUAUCUGCCUAGUACCAGAGCCAAAACCUCCAUUGUGUGGCACUUCUUUCAUGUUGACCCCCAAUACACCUGGAGAGCAAUUUGUAACCUGUGUGAAAAAAGUGUCAGCAGGGGUAAGCCAGGCAGCCAUCUUGGUACAUCUACUCUUCAAAGACAUCUUCAGGCAAGGCAUUCUCCUCACUGGACCAGGGCCAAUAAGUUUGGAGUCACUAAUGGGGAGGAGGACUUUACCUUGGAUUUAUCGUUGUCUCCUUCUUCUCCUGGAAGCAAUGGGAGCUUUGAGUAUAUUCCUACUGAUUCUGUAGAUGAAAACAGAAUGGGUAAGAAACGUGAUAAAUCAGCAUCUGAUGCCCUGAGGGCAAAAAGAGGGCGCUUUCUCAUCAAAAGCAACAUUGUCAAGCAUGCCUUAAUUCCAGGAACGAGAGCCAAGACAUCUGCAGUUUGGAAUUUUUUUUAUACUGACCCUCAGCACAUCUCAAGAGCUGUGUGUAACAUAUGUAAAAGAAGUGUGAGCCGGGGUAGGCCAGGUUCCCACUUAGGAACUUCAACACUUCAACGACAUCUUCAGGCCACGCAUCCCAUCCAUUGGGCUGUUGCCAACAAAGAUAGUGGUGCUAUUGGGAACGGCUUAGAUGAGACUGAAACAGAGAACAGUGAUCUCCUGAAUGAUACUAUGCCUGGAGAGAAGUCAUCAGGCAGCCAAGAUUUAACAGCUGAGGACCUCAGUGACUCUGAUACAGAUGAACCCCCUUGUUUAGAGGUUGAAAAUAGAUCUGAGAGUCCUAUUCCUGUUGCAGAGCAAGAUAAUCUGGUGCACACACAAGAGAGAGAAACGACGACACAUUGUGAAAAUGCAGCCGCAAAUCAAAUAAGUCAGGCAGUUAUUCAGAUGAUUGUGGAGGAUCUGCAUCCGUACAACUAUUUCUCAACCCCAGCGUUUCAAAGGUUUCUACAGAUUGUCGCUCCUGACUAUAGAUUGCCAUCAGAGACUUACUUUUUCACCAAAGCUGUACCUCAGUUAUAUGAUUCUGUUAGAGAAAAAAUUUUCUUAACUUUAGAGAAUGUUCAAAGCCAAAAGAUCCACCUGACUGCUGACAUAUGGACUCAUGACCCUUCCACUGACUAUUUCAUUGUGACUGUACACUGGGUCUCUUUGGAAACUGCAUCUUCUCCCAGUAAUGGUGGGACUCCCAAUUUUAGAAAGUGGGCAGUACUUUGUGUUACAGGUUUAGCCAAAGACUGUUUGAUAACUAACAUUUUGCAAGAAUUAAAUGACCAGAUUGGUCUGUGGCUUUCUCCUAAUUUCCUUAUCCCUAGCUUCAUUGUUUCUGACAAUUCUUCUAAUGUGGUACAUGCAAUCAAAGGUGGUGGCUUUACCCAUGUGCCAUGCUUCCUGCAUUGUCUAAAUAUAGUGAUUCAGGACUUUUUCUGUGAGCACAAAAGUAUUGAGAAUAUGUUAGUGGCUGCUAGGAAAACCUGCCAUCAUUUUAGCCAUUCUGUCAAAGCCCGCCAGAUACUACAAGAAUUCCAAAAUGAUCACCAGCUUCCAUGGAAGAAUCUGAAGCAGGAUGAAACUGGCCACUGGAUUUCUACCUUUUACAUGUUAAAAUGGCUUUUAGAACAUUGCUACUCUGUUCACCAUAGUCUGGGCCGAGCCAGUGGAGUUGUACUUACCUCCCUUCAGUGGACUCUAAUGACAUACGUUUGUGAUAUUCUUAAGCCAUUUGAGGAGGCCACUCAGAGAGUGAGUGUGAAGACAACAGGAUUGAAUCAGGUGCUACCCCUAAUCCACCAUCUCCUCUUUUCCCUGCAGAGACUCAGAGAAGAUUUUCAGGUCAGAGGUAUUACUCAGGCCCUCAAUCUGGUGGACAGUUUAUCUUUGAAACUUGAAAGUGAUGCCUUACUAAGUGCCAUGCUCAAAUCCAAGCAUUGUAUCUUGGCUACUUUGUUAGAUCCUUGUUUUAAGAACAGUUUGGAGGACUUUUUUCCUCAAGGUGCUGAUUUAGAAACUUACAAACAGAUCCUUGCAGAAGAGGUUUGUAAUUAUAUGGAAUCUUCGCCCGGGGCCUGCCAGAUUUCAAGUUCUGAAACAUCUGGCCCUUUAGUUAGGUUAGGAACUGAUUCGUUUACUUCUAUAAAAGAAGGCACCUCCAGUGCAGGUUCUAUGGAUAGCUCAGCCACAGGCAGUGCUGCUGUUGGGAGCAAAAGCUUCUUGCUCCCCUCUGCGGUAGCAGUAGUGGAUGAGUACUUCAAAGAGAAGUAUUCAGAGCUCUCAGGAGGUGAUGACCCUUUGGUUUACUGGCAGAGGAAGGUGAGCAUAUGGCCAGCUUUGACCCAAGUUGCCAUUCAGUAUCUGAGUUGCCCCAUGUGUAGUUGGCAAUCUGAAUGCAUGUUUACCACAAAUAGCCACUUUCAUCCAAAGCAGAUCAUGAACAUGGACUUUGAUAAUAUAGAACAGCUCAUAUUUCUGAAAAUGAACUUGGAGAAUGUUAACUAUGACUAUUCUACAUUGAUUCUGAGCUGGGACCCUGAAAAUAAGGCUGUUCAGAACAAUGAAAAAGAAAUACUACCUUAAUUUCCUUUUCCGUUUCCUCCUUAAAAUGGGCAGCUUUCGCUUUAUUACUAUAUCUUAUUGCUGUUGUUACUAUAUGUAGUCGUACUAUUUAUCCUUUAAAAAAAAUGGCUGGGUGUGUUCACAGUGCCUGUAGUCCUGGCUAUUUGAGACACUGAGGCUGGGUUAUGACUUUAACACAUGAGUUUGAGACCAGCCCAGGCAACCUGUUAAGAUCCUGCCUUACAAAAAUGAAAAACCUGAGGAAAUCGAAAUUACAGAAAGGCUGAAAACCCCACAGAGGCAGUGUAAUGAUGACAAAAUGAAGGUUAACUUUGAAAAUUUCACAGUUGUAACUCAGUAUAACUAACAUCUAUCAAAGUGUCACUUGUAUCACUCGAGAGAGAGGGUAGUGUUAACGAGAAAAUACAGUGAAGCGUUGAAGGACUUGGGUAUUUCUGGUUGGUAGAUUGAGCUAGCCAUUGAUUAGAGUAAAAACUUCUUCCACUGUGGAAGAUUGGGUUACUCAGUUAUUAUUUAUAUAAAUACAGUGAUUCAGGACUUCUAUGAGCACAAAGGUGUUUAGAAUGUGUUAGUGACUGCAUUAACAUAGUCUUUCCCUUCCCUGUUUUUUAAUUUCUUUAAAACCCCUGACACAGCCUGACAGAAUGAAAACCCACAAAAUUGUUUCAUUUUUAGAAAUUAUAAUUGCCUCACACUGGUCAGUUUAUAAUGUCAGGUUACUGGGUAUGAUAGAAUUGUCUUUUAUAUUUAGGAUUGGGUCUAUAUAAAAGGGAACAUUACAAAACAAUUAGAAAAUGACUUUUGGUCUUUGAUUUGCUUUUUAUAAUAUAGUACCAAAAACAGGGAUUAUAUAGGUGCCUUUAAAAUAACCCAUUAGUAAAAAACAUUAGAUGUUUGUAAAAUCAAAAAACAUGCAAGCCUCAUGAACGUGGCAGACCCCAUAUGAGUUUCCCAGAGAAUAUUUCUAUAGCUUGUUCAUUUUUUUUCAAGGGUGCUUCUGGUCCAUAGCAUGAUGUUCCUAACUGCAGUUUGGAACUGUAUUUUUAACUGAGAUAAGCAGUUGAAACUUUACUGUGUUAGGCAUCAUUGCUGAAAUGAGUGAACUGUCUCAGUGGCCCCACAGGUGCCUUUCCACUCGGAGAGUCUGUUUCUGUGACUGAGUGGGAGGCCACAAAGUGAUGACUUUUAUUAAGUCUAUUAGAUGUUUCAGAUUGAAUAACUAAUGUAAGAUCCCAAUUUUUCCUUUUUUUCAUUUUAGAUUUGGGGAUAUUCCCUGCCCAAAAAAUUCCUGGAAAAUUGACUAGUAUUAAGUGUGAAGAAAUCUUGAAGACCAGAAAUUGGAUCUUAUUGAAUUUUGGUGGUGUUUUUACUUUUUUUCUUUUUUCUUUUUUUCAUCUUUUUAUUUUUAAAUUAUAUUGCUCAGCUAUGGAAGAUG